CUCUAUUACCUCCUUUCAGGCAGAGACGGGAAGGAUGGUAAAGACGGUAAAGAUGGAGGAGACGGCAGAGAUGGAAGAGAGGGUCCCGCGGGACCUCGAGGACUUGCGGGACCACGAGGUAUGACCCGGACGUUGAGCACAAACAAGCGAAAUUAAUUAAUAUUGGAACGUCUGAAAAUACUUUACGACUUCCUCGUUGUUUAACAUAUCUUUCGGCGGAGCACUGAGGCUCUCCACCAAAAUGAGUUUAUUUAUUUGUAGCGGGAAAGGAGAUAACAGAUUCACUGACGAAACGAUAUAUAAAUUACCCAAAAAUAUCCUUUGGCCUCAAAGUAACAGCAGGUAUGUUUUCAGAAACUAACGAGGGUGAAGGUUUCUGAGUGCUUCAUUGUGUACAAUGGAACCUCGAUACAACGAAGGGCUCCGUUGAACUUAUACUGUCAGAGGUUCUCUAUAUCGAGAUUCCACUGUCUCUGGUGAGUACGAUCCGAAAAACUUUUGUGUAAUACAUGCCCAGUAUGUGAUGUUGUCUUUUAUUUCUUCGGUUUUCGACCGACUUUAAAGGUAGGAUGUGAGAAGGCUCCUUAGUGGGAAAAAAAGCGAAUGAAAAAAUAACGUUCGCAAAAAUCGGUUCUCGUCAAGAAGCCUGGUCCCAGGCUAUUAAUUAAGGGUUCAUUUUCGUACUCUUGUUUCAUCUUCUUCUCCUUCUUGUAGUUGUAGUGAAGGUGAUUAUAUAUUCAGACCAGGAGGCUUUUAAGGUUCCCCCCUAAAUCAUCUGGGAACACUUUGGUCAUAAGCACGUCAAAUCACCCCAUUGUGUCAAUCAUGGUAUGCCUAGUACAUAAUUCUGUGCAAUUUUGGUGUUCGUAUCAUGAGUGACUUUGGUCGCAGAAAGUAAAAACAAAAAGUCUGAAUAGUGUUAAAUACGGCGUCUUUGGUAACCGAGACAAAGAUGGCAAAUAACAAGUGCAAUUCAAAAUAAUUAAUAAUGUAAGGAUUUAUAAUCAAAGGUUAUUCUCCUCUUCUUCACUCUCUGCACACUAAUACUCACUGGCUAUGGUUCCUUUUAAAUAGGAGAUGUUGGUAAAACUGGACGUGUUGGCCCCCAGGGUCCCCCCGGACCACCAGGAGAGAAGGGAAAGGGACUGUCAGGGGUGAAAUACGUUCGCUGGGGAAGAACCAACUGCUCUGGAGAUGCAACUGUAGUGUACAGUGGUAAGAAGACAUUGUCCUUUUAUCUAUCUUCUCUCGUUAAACAGUUCAUUUGCGAUUAUCAGUUUUCUUAACCCUCGGACGUACACGCAAAUUCAUACCCCCACCGUGGUACAACGGGGGGGGGGGGAAUGGAACCCCUCCCCGGAGUUUUUGAUCUGUUGCAGAAUUUCGAAACGAUUUUAGCCUUGGUGGAAAGCCUUUGAUCUUCUUAAAGGGAACCUCCACUUCAACAAAAAGAUAACUUUAAAUCACAGGAAAUAACUGUUACAGUCAAGUCAAUCUAAAAUAUUUUUAAAGAAAGCGUUUGUAUCCGAAAGAAAUAACUUUUAGAUUCGCCUAUUUUUGUUUUCAAAUUUUGCGGGCGUCGCCAUCUUGAAUAAUUGUGAAGUGUUACGGUUGCCCCAUUGUUAUUAAACAAAAGCUCUUUGUGUCAGAACAAUAGAGCAACCAUAACACGUCACAAUUAUUCAAGAUGGCGGCGCCCGCGAAAUUUGAAAGUGAAAAUAAGCAAUUUUAAAAUUCACUUUUCCUGAUAUAAUCACUUCUUUUAAGGACAAAUUUCGAACAAAUUUGUUUAUCAACAUAAUUUUAUUCGAUUUAAACUUAUUCUGUAGUAAGAGUGGAGGUUCCCUUUAACAAGAUGAGGUAUAUUUUAUGGGUGGUGGCGCUGCUGGAGGCCUGUGAGGUCACCAACAAUGGUCGCCAUCUUCGAUUUUACCAAGAAUUAGAAAUCAGGCUAAAACCGCGAGAAAUAGUAAUUUUUUGUGCUUUACAUGAAUAAUAACACAUAAAUAAGCACUUUGCAUGAUUAGCCACAAGAUUUACUUUUAAUGUGUAAGAAGUUGUAAAAACAUGUAUUUUAACCCAAAAAUGGCUCGACCACCUGCUACUUAUGACGUCAUAUCUUGUAAGCAUAGCAACUGACCAUCACUGAACUUGUCUCAAAAAGUGCGCAAGCGAUAAACAAACAGCUACUGAAAACAUCACGUGCUGAUGUUUUAUGCUCUAGGAAAAAAACUCAGAAAAACCGCACGGGGGUGGCAUCCACCCCUUCCCCCCUUGUACGUCCGAGGGUUAAGCAUUAUUAGAAAGUCUUAUAAUUAAAACUAGCAAUACGUUUAUCGCCAAAACCUCGCGAGAAGGCCGUAAAGGGGUUGCAGUGAGAAUAGAGGGAAACAGGCCAAAGGGAAGAAGUAUGAUUCAAAGAAAAACAUAUUAAACUUAACGGGAAAAAAAUGUAUCUCAAAUAAACAAGAAUCAGCUUGGCCGAGAGUCGAACUUGAACCAUCUUUCGACUCCUAGACUAUUGAUCCACGCUGCCGUAAUUUCCAUAAUUUUUAAUGUUUUGCUACAGAAAGGCCUUACAGCUGCAAUCGCUUUGUGAGGAACAACACAAAUUAAAACUCGUUUUUGUGGGCGUUUUUACCUGUUUUGGUAUUUUAAGGCUUGUGGUAAUAUUUCUAAGCUUAAUUUAAGAGUUCGUGAAUGGAAGUUUUAGUCGUAUUUUUCGGGCUUGUUUUCCUGUUUCAUGCAUCUCAGGCGUGUUAGAGCAAAUUGCGGAGAUCUGGGCGUUUUUCAAAAACUCUCCUACGGUAGACGUCGGUGUAACUUAAGGUUGAUUUCCACAGACGCGGUUUUGGCUACGCACGUUAACGCAGGUAAAUUUUAAUCACGUAAAUAAAAUAGAGGCAAGAUAAAAAUGGCUGAGCUUAAACGAGAAGUUGAACGAGGGUCAACUUUUACGCUUACGAGCGACCUUUCAUGCAUUGCCUCUAUUUUAUUUGCGAACGUACACUUUACUCAAGUACGUAAGUAAAAAUUACGCGAUACUGGAAAUCAACCUUUGGAAUGCAAAGUUGUUAUAAAACAACGUAACUUAUGACGUCACAAAUGAUAGAAGCGGCUUUAUCGUAAUUGAGUGGUUAAUUCAUCAUUAAACUCUUUGCCAGGAGGAUAUAUACCGUAAACCCCGCAGAUAAAACCUGGUUUUUAAUUAAGAACCAGCUAACUGAACCCGAUAUGAUAUGCCAGUUAAAAGCCUCCUCAAUUCAAGAAGUUGUUUAGCCUAAAAUCUGGAACAGGUUUUCAUUUUCUAAAAUCUAUUUUUAAAAAAAUGUGUACACGUACUAAGGUAAAUAAGUCAACAUUCAAGAAUGAGAUAGGUGCCUUUAAGGCACCUAUGUCAUAAGUUAUCACUCCAACUUAGAAUAUGGAAUAAGCUGAAGACCACUACUCUUAGCUACAAUGUAUUUUUUCUUUUGAAAAUAAGAGUCUAUUUAAGUACCUAAAUAGCUUAAAUUUGAGCUAAUUAUACCUUUUAUUUAACAACCUGUUUCAUAGAGCUUACUUAGGAAAGUUGCAGAUUCUCACUCGUAGGUUUUUACUGUAAACUCGUUACUUAAUUUAAUUCAUUUUCAGUGUGAAUGAAAUUUAAAUGACAAAAAGUUUCAAAGAGCUUUCUUGUCUUUAGGUCUAAUGGGUGGCGAACGAUACAGUCACACUGGAGGUGGAGUGAACUAUCUUUGCCUUCCAAACACUCCAAUUUACGACAGAUACAGCGACGGCGCUCAAACUGUAGGAUACGUUUACGGCACCGAGUAUGAAGUUGUGUCCUACAGUGGGUAUCCUCUCAGACGAAAUCUCCAUGAUCAUGAGGCGCCGUGCGUUGUCUGUUAUGUCAAGUCACGUGGCUCAAUGCUGAUGAUGCCUGCAAGGAAUGAUUGUCCAUCUGGGUGGACCAAGGAGUAUCAAGGGUAUCUGAUGACUUCUUAUCACGGUCACAAAAACCAAAAAGACUUCGUCUGUGUUGACAAAGACCCACAGUAUGUUCCAGGGUCCCAUAAGGAUAUGGAUGGUGCCUUACUGUACCACGUUGAAGGGCAAUGUGGCUCUCUUCCAUGUCUUCCAUAUGUUCAAUAUCGAGAGCUGACAUGCGCGGUGUGCACAAAGUGA